UUCUCUCUUCACAAACAAUGAUACAAAUCUUUUUAGGAGAUGAAAAAAGGUCUGCGUUCUAUUGCAAGGAGGGUAUGCCGCUGCCAGGAGGAAAAUGUCAACUCUUCUUCACAAACAUCAAACGUCUCGUUCUGUUCUCGUUGGAGGCAAAAGUCACUGUCUAACCAGUUGACGUGCCUCUCUCUCGUUCUUUGAUGACCCAUCUGCGAGGAGGUCAUGCGAUUCUGGGGUCUCCUGUAUCUGGCAGUCUUCUUCGUCACUUGCAGUUCUAUGAGGAACCACUCAAAUAGCGGCGCAAGGUCAGCCUCGCAACGACUUGCAGCAUUUAGUCGCAGUUGGUGCUCGUGUCUGAAAGGGAGCCAAAGACGACGGCGUACACAACUCGAGCGGCAAAAUUCCGCAUCUUCGUGGUCAUCGAUGUCGUCAUUCGAAGAUGAAUCCGAUCGGAAAUCGCGGGUUAAAUCCACCAAGACGGAAACAUCGCGCUUUUACGCGUGGCGUGCGACAAAUGCGCGCAUGUUAAGAGUACCCGCACGACUGGAUGCAAAAUCCAAGUGGCCCGCGUGGCUACCAAGACCGAAAAGCUCGGAUCCGGAAGUGCGGGUUGAAAAAUUCCGGGGCACAGACGCUUUCAUCAUAACAGAACGUGGCAAACCUAACGAUGCUUCCAAGGAUUUCACAUUGAAGAUUCUCCAGUAUAUUACAACGAAAGACGGACUUGAGCCAGAGUUUGUUGAGGAGUGGUCGGGGACAGAUGCGCGAGGUGAAUAUAAGAGUACGACCUAUAAACGAAACCGUCCCCGACCAAUCCAGCGGGAACCCACAUUCCCGUAUCAAUUUCUGGAAUCCGAUUCGUUUUCAAUACCGCCGGAAACACCUCCUCGAAACCCACGUGAACGCCCCUCCCGCUCUAAUCAGAACCCACCACCUCGGAACCAACCAUCAAGGAACCAACCACCGCGGAACCAACCACCACUGAGCCGACCACCUCGCUACGAACCAUCAGCUGCAGAAACGAAUCUGGAAGCGGCUCUAAUUGCAUCAGCGGCCACCGAGCAGCCCUCGGCGCCAGUUCCGCGAGUACCCCGCGACCCGAGGGACAAAGAAGCCGACGAUGAUGCCAGCGAUGAUGAAAAAUGCUGUAUAUGCUAUUCCAACUAUAAAAACGCUCUAAUGAAACCUUGCGGUCACUUGACAAUAUGCUUGACAUGCGCCGCGACUCAACAACGACAAUCAGAGGGUAACCCACCUGUAGCUUUCAACUGUGCCGAGUGCUGUACGAAAGUAGUAGAGUACGCAUACACUGACAGAAUAAUACGAGCAGCUGAUGCCAGGCUGGCCAGCGGUAAUUGACACUAGAGAUAUUAAUGUUCACUGAGCCACAAUUCACGAAUAAAAAUUUAGUCGUCACAACCAGCGUACCAUGGCAGUUGUUGUAACUACCGGGUUAGUUGUGUCCUUGUGACGACUAUCCUUUAUUUUUCCUUGUUGAAAUUUUUU